AAAGGACUUCCCAUUUACAUGCUCAGUCGCGUACAACGGCGCGCACCAGCGAUCCGUUGUCUCUUGUUCUCUUGUUGUAGCACCAGCCAUGGCGCCGACAACAAGAACCUGCGUUUCACCGUUUCUCGAUCCGGGGCCGCGCACGAAGGCCAAUUCGCUCGCAAUCGUCCAGCUUUCGCGAGACAACCUCCUACCCGUGUACCUGCAAGUCCCCAAUGGAGAGCACGAUGGCUAUGCCGAGGGUGCGGUUGUGAACACUCGCUAUGGUUCUUUUCCCCACUCGACCAUGUUAGAUGUCCCCUGGGGCUCGCAGAUUCGAGCCUCGAAGGUAGACACCGGGUCACGAGGUCGCAAGAGGAAGCGCGAGGCAGACGACCAGGCCUGCCGGGAGGCCACGGCCGUGAGCGAGAAGGACGAAGAGCCAAGCGCCGCCGGCGCAGACAGGGACGGCGCCGCGGCCGUCAAGCAAGCUGUCGCCGACUCGAGCGGCUUCGUUCACAUCCUGCCCCCGACUCCGGAGCUCUGGACUACCAGCCUGCCACACCGGACUCAAGUCGUUUAUACCCCCGACUACAGUUACAUCCUGCACAGAAUUCGUGCGAGGCCCGGGUCGACUUUGAUCGAGGCCGGCGCCGGCAGCGGGAGCUUCACCCAUGCAGCAGUGCGAGCCGUGUACAAUGGCUAUCCGGCCGAAGGGCAGCGCAAGGGCAAGGUGUUCAGCUUCGAGUUCCAUGAGCAGCGCUAUCAGAAGAUGAAGAAAGAACUUUCAGAUCAUGGCCUGGAAGGGUUGGUGCAGCUGACGCACCGCGACGUUUACAGUGGCGGCUUUCUGGUUGACGGCAAGAGCCCAGAGGCCGACGCCGUCUUCCUCGACCUGCCCGCUCCGUGGGAGGCUCUCCCUCAUUUGUCACGACGGAGACCGCAGGACAUGGCCGAUACCGACGGUGCCGCCGCCGGAAAUGGACAGCAGUCAUGGGUGUCACCACUGAAUCCCAGAAAAAGCGUAUACAUCUGCACCUUCUCCCCCUGCAUCGAGCAAGUCACGCGAACGGUAUCGGCUAUGCGCCGGUUAGGCUGGGUCGACAUUGAUAUGGUCGAGAUUGCGAACAGGAAGCUGCACGCAUCGCGCGAUCGCGUCGGCCUGAACCUCAAUUUUGAUCGAGGCGUCAACAACUCGCCCCGCGACGUUGAGGAAGCCCUAGCGAGGCUAGCCGAAAUUGAGGCACGCUCUCGCGAGCAAGCAGCGAAGCCAAGAGAUGCAGAUGCUGAUGAGGACAUGGACUUGGCCGACGAAGUCGGGGCCCCCGCCAAAGGCAACGAAGCCAGGAAUGGCGAGCACGCCCCCUCAACCGAGGAGACAUCGACCGCAACGGCCCCGUGGAUGGAAGGACGGCUGAUCACGCGCGGCGAGCCCGAGAUCAAGUCCCACACUUCCUACCUCGUCUUUGCCGUCCUUCCAAUGGAAUGGACCGAGCAAGACGAGGCCGCCGCUGCGGCCAAGUACCCUGUGGGCAAGGAGCAAAAGGUCAUCGGCGCCAUAGACAAGGCGGCCAGAAAGCAGGAGCGACGGGAACUGCUCCAGAAACAACAGGGUGGUGCUAGCCGGAAGGCGCGGAGGAAAGAGAGGGACGAAAAGCUGGGCGAGAUAUCCGGUUAACGGGAGCUCCGCAGCCCAUGCCGUUCACUCUGGCCAUGGUGUAUAUCGGGAGGCUUUCUUUGAUUGAUUUGGUGGGGAAAAAUAGAUCUCUCCAAGUCUACACUAUAUACCCAAGAAUCGAUCCAGCAAAGGAUGAGUUCUCGGAGAAGU